AUGGUUGGAUUUCUCCAGAGCCUCGCGAGGCGUGCAAGCCCACUGCUCUGCAAGGAUCGCUCUCUUCGUAUGUCUGGCAGGGGUCAUCACCCAUGUGUUAACUUGGCAACCUUUAAGAAUUAUUUGCAUGAUAUGAGUGAAUCUGUAACAAUAGACAAGGUAGGGAAUCGUGUAGCACGGGGAGAAUCCGCACAUGUGAAUGACCAUUUACACAAAAAUUCCACAAAUUGUGCAUUUGUUCCUCCUUAUGGUCUAUCAAACUCUAAAGGUGAAUCUGAAAUACAAUAUUUAAAUGAUAAUUACUACGCUAAACUCGUAGAAAAACAAUCGCAAUGCUACGCGCUUGGAAUUACAAAGGAAAAGCUCAAGAACUUUAAAGAAAUCGUAUAUAUAAGCUUUACUAACGAAACAAUAGUUAGAGUGGGAGACUAUUUGUUUAGUCUUGAGGAUUCUAAAACUCUGUACGAGUUCAACUCUCCUGUGGAUGCACAGAUUGUUGCCAUCAACCCAAAGUUUAAAGACUCUGCAGACGAAGAAGCUCUUGGAGAGCUACUCAAGUCUCCUGAAGAUUGCGAUAAUUUCCUUGUUAAAUUUCAGCCUAGUAUACAGGAAUCUUAG